GAAGACCCACAUGAACUUGUCCUUUCUCUCAAAUUUCCAAUUUUUUUUACUCUUUACUGGGUGCUCUCCUUAACUGAUCUUCUUGACUGUAAAAAUCUGGAUGCAAAGUACAGUUGAACACCCUUUAAAAUGUUUGUUCAGUGGAUUUCUGAAUCAUUAAUAUUUUGACCGCAGAGAGGAACUGAGAAUCCAAGGAUUGAGACAGGCCAAAAUGGAGUGAGUGCCCAGGAGUUUAUAUGAUGGGUUCCAUUAUUUAAUCUGGCAUCUUAUUGAAUUUUCAUAUCAGCAACCUUACAACCAAGUUUCUGUAGUUUGACAUUACACGCUGUCAACUGACACAAGAAUCUUCAAAUGCAGCUAUGGAGUUGAAGGGAUUUGGUUGGUUACCCACCACCAAACUACAAUUCAAAGUUGAAACAUAACCAACGGCUGGUCAUACUUGUGCAGCCAUUCAUACUUUUUCUAUUUAUGCAUACUAGAUUCAGUUCUUCACUCAGCCUGCUGUCAUUCAAAGCAAGCACUUAUCUAUCUUCUAUUACUAGUACACCACACUAGAUUCAUUUCUUAACUAAGUGGGUAUAUAUAGAUUUCAGUCAAGGAAGAUUGGUAUAAUAAGUUUUUCUUAGUGGGUAUUGAGAGGAAGUAAGAGAGAGGCAGCCAUGGGUGGUGUAAGAAAAUACUUGGUAGUAGCAGAGACAGAGUCUGAAUCUUCUGGUUCAAGUAAAAGUAGAGAGGAGUGGGAUUGUGACAUCUCUGCAGAUGAGGAAGAUCUAAUACUGAGACUUCACAAGCUUCUAGGUGACAGGUGGAAGCUGAUUGCAGGGAGGCUGCCAUGGAGGAGUGCACAAGAGAUUGAGAAGUACUGGAAGAUGAGAAGCCAUGCUCAUUAAGAGACAAGGAGUGUAGUCUUUGAUAAAGCAUGCUCAAAACAGUAUUGUUCCAUGCUAAUCUGUAUUUUUAAUGUUUUAUAGUAGCACUGGGCAUGGACAACCAAGAAGGGAGUUUCUCCUGUUUUGAAUAUUGAUUGCAGAUAGGAUGGUUUUAUUUUUUUGUGAAAGAACAGAAGCUCUUCACUCCAUUUUCAAAGAUUGAAAGUCUGCUCAGAAUGUAGUCUAUAUUUCUCCUCAGAAUAAUUUGACUUGUUUUGCUUUUA